AUGGCAAGUUUGGGAAUGUCGCCGCUUCUUAUAUCGUCCGUUUCGGUAACGGCCAAACAUUUUGAUGGCCAUGGACAGUUGCUUGUCAUUUUGUCAGUUUUAUCGACGGGGUCAGCAACGGGAGGAUCUAUCUACCCUUUUAUUAUUUCUUGGUUAGACGAUCUGUAUGGAUAUCCAGGAAUAUUCUUGAUUUGUGGUGCCGUGUCAUUGAAUACAUUUGCGUUGGUCAUACUUUGGGAACCUGUUGAACAACCAAACUUUAAAACUAAACAAACUGCUACCACCGGUCAUCACAAAGAGAUCAAUCGUAUAAACGUCAGUGUUGUUACAGUGCCCGAUAUCAGGGUCGCCUACGACAACUCCAGAUUCAAAAUUGACGACAUUGCAUCAGAUCGAGCAGAUGACCAGACACGCACAGAAACAAAAUCAAAUGCAGAUGUCAAUGGCACUAUGCAGACAGUGGACUGUCUCAAUAAUAAUGUUCUAACCGGACCCAAAUCAACUGACCUAACACUACGUAGCAGUAUACAUUGUACUGUUUUCAUCGUUGAUUUAUACCAAGACAGAGGUUCAACUAAGAAAGAAGCUUCCUUUGGUCUUAUAGCACUCAAUCUGUGUGGCGGUCUUGGCCGAUUGAGUCCCGGCUUCAUAAUGAAAAUACCAGGAAUGACUACCCUUGGUGUUCCAAUCAUUGCCUGUGUUCUACUCGGUAUAGGUAUUUUGUGCGCUGUGUUCGUACCUGGCAUAGGUCUGUUGAUUUUGUCAUCUUGUGUGACAGGUUUUGCAAUUGGAAUACUGGUAGCAUCGCUCAAUGUGACAACUGCAAGUCUCGUUGGAAUAAAGCAUUUGGGGAACGCCAUCGGAAUUAUUUGUACAGUGAACGGGAUCGGAACUGCAAUAUCGGGUCCUGUAGCAGGUUACAUUCGUGACGUUACCUCCGGUUAUAAGCUACCUCUUCUUGCGGCGUUUUGUACUGCAUGUGUUGCACUAACGUUUAUGUGCAUUAGUAACAGCCUGCAGGCGAAGAAUUCUCGCGGAAAAACAUCAGGGGAAACUAUAAACGUUCCGGUAUAACUUAUGUGUUUGUGGAUAGAUUUUCGCAUACUCAUACUGUAAAUACACAUGCACCAAAUUGGGCGACAGAGACAAACUUGCCAUGUUGCCCAAGGCAGCAUAACUUAUCAUUGAAAAGGAUAAACAGUACUGUGGCAUAUUAUGCUGCUCAUGGAUGUUUGAAA